UAAUUUCUAUCUGUAAUCUCGUUUAAAAACAACAACAACAACAACAGCAACAAUGUCAGUUACAUUAAAAACAGAUUUGGGGGACCUGAAAAUUGAACUGUUUUGUGAGCAAGUUCCAAUGGCUUGUGAGAAUUUCUUGGCCCUGUGUGGGAGUGACUAUUACAACAACAGUGUGUUCCACAGAAACAUAAAAGGCUUCAUGGUGCAAACUGGGGAUCCUACUGGAACAGGCAAAGGUGGAAACAGUAUAUGGGGGAAGAAAUUUGAAGAUGAACUUAGAGAUGGUCUUAAGCACAAUGUAAGGGGAGUGGUUUCCAUGGCAAACAAUGGUCCAGACACAAAUGGUUCCCAGUUCUUCAUAACAUACGGAAAGCAGCCACAUCUUGAUAUGAAAUACACAGUGUUUGGAAAGGUGAUAGAUGGGUUUGACACCCUAGAUGAACUGGAGAAACUUCCAGUCAACGAGAAACACCGACCCGAGCGCGAGGUGCAUAUCCGCUCCGUCACCAUACAUGCAAACCCAAUGGCCGAGAAGGAUUUUAAACCAGAUAGAUGAGAGGCCAUUUAUUUGAAGGAGUGAUGGAUUUAAUUUGAAAUGGAGACCCGUGUGUUUGCAGGAUACAGCGCAAUACUGUGGUUCAUAGUUAAGGGCAACAUGGUUUUGAUAGGAAAAUGUAGAAAAAACGUAUUUUCUUAACUCCAUUUUCUACUGAUGCUCUUUGGCUACAUGUAUGUGUUUUGGGAAGAAAAUAUUGACAAGAGACAAUGAUCUAUAUGGAUGGAAAAAUCAUAUGUCCAUGUUGUCAAAGUCGUCCAUUUUGAGAUUUAAGGGUUCAGGCAGAUGGUUUUGUCCGUCGACAAUCUAUUCUGAUCAAACAAUACCUUGCAAUAAAAUUAUUGAUUCAAAGGCCAAUGUGUCUUUCAUUAAACCUCUUUACGCAA